AGUUUUUUUAUCUUGAAAAAGUCGUCUAUCCUGCUUUAUAACAGUACCUUGCGCUUACACUAGAGGUGGAUACUUACUGCCUAUAGUAGAGAUGUGCAACCCGAUCCGAAGGUUGGAUACGGGUCUGGUACUGGUACAGCAGUUACGGGUCCGGAACUCGAAAGAUUUUAGUGGAAAAAUUCAAGAUUUCAGCCAAAAUACAUUAAGUUUUAAAAGACUUACUUGAGAACGUAAUAAUAACUUGACAUCUCCAGCCGAAAAAGAAAACUUUCUAGCUGAAAAUCGAAAAGGAGAAGAUUUUUAGGCAUAGAUCGGGCACGAGUGAAAAAAAGAAUCUCCAGGUCAGAGAACGGUACUCGUGCACAUCUCUAGAAUAGAGUUGUUAGAUUCAAUUUCAAGUGAAAUCGCUUUGUUGGACUUUAAAAUGCAUACAUAUAUUAAGAAGAUAGACAUUUUGAAAGGUUAUCCACACUGAGUGGUUGUGCUGCAUUUCGGUAAGCGUUAAUUUUAGCACUAGAGAAAAUUGAGAAAAAAAGUUGAUCCCAUGAUUAUGACGAGGGGAUCAUUUGAGUGAUGAAUAAAAAAGUGAUCAUGUGAUUUAUGGACGACUGCCUUCACGAUUACAAACCUCCAUGUUUUCAUUGUUAUAGAGAAUAAUUCAUUAAUAACAAAUGUUUUUUCAUUCAUUCUUUGUAUGGACAAAAGAGAAAAUUUAUUUAUUUGUUUCCAUGUUUUUGCAUUGGUUUCUACCGAUUAUUUUUCUGACUUAUCGAAAAAAUCGUUUGAAAAAGAAUAUUAAAAUAUUCUUGUAUAUAAAAAGUUUAGAAAAAAAAUUGUAUAUAAAUAAUCGUAGUCAGUUUCAUGUAAUUUAAUCUAAAUUAUAAGACAUCCAGGUGAAAUCGGAUAGAUUACAAGGGUCGCUAUAAACUUUUAAUAAAUACUGUCAUAACAUCAUUUUUUUCUCACUAAAUUGAAGUGUCAUUUACGUUAUCUUUAAAUAUUUUUUUCUACGCAUCAGUAAUUAGUUAGUAAUUUGUCUAUAAGUUGGAGCUUGUACUUCCUAAAAGAAUAUUGUCAGCUUGAUGAUAAUGACGUCAUUUUUACCCUAUCAUAGUUUUAUUUCUUACUAACGCUUUUAGGAAGAACCUAUAUUAUUAAAUAUUGAUAGUGAGUAUAAUUCUAUAUGUUAAUUUAUUUCAUUUACUACACAGAUACGUCUGACUUUUCACACCAUUAUAUAAAAUUCUGAAGAUCACCAAUUUUCACUGAUGAAAUGCGUAACAGAGUUCAAAAACAGAGCAGGUAUGUAUAAUCAACACUAGCAGAAUGAUACGAAUUAUGCUAACCUAAAGUAUUGAUAGAGAGCUCGAUCGAGAAAAAAAAGAACAUUUCACAGCAUUUUCGUCACCAUGCCCUUUCGUCAUCGGAUAUUGCUGAACUUUCGUCACAUAACGAAAGUUCUGUUUUCAAGGACAAAACUUCUUUCGGCAUGUGACGAAAGUUUAGCUAUGUUACAUAGUGGUUACGAAAGUUAACCCCUUUUAUGACGAAAGUGUCUGGUUUUUUCGACAUGUGGCACGACACUUUUGUCACACGUUGUAUGAAACGGCUGCGAUAAAAUCAAGUUGUAGUGUAAAGUUCAUUAAUCAAAGUCUAGUAGUACAAACUGCAGUAAUGCAAACUGUAGCAGUGCAAACUGGAGUAAUAGCUUCUUGCUUUUUCCUUUACAAACAUUGCAUUUUCUUAGCGAAAGACCUAAAAAAUCUUUUUGAAGUCUUUUCUAAAGUCAAAGUAUCAAAAUCAAGCGUCUCUUGCGUUUGGGAGUAGUUCGGUCUGGAGUAGUUCAAAUACAAGCAGUCCUUUUACAGUCAAUAAGAAUAGUAUAUAAAGGUGAGAAAAGCGAUAAAAUAAAGCAUAAACGUACAUGAACUUUCAUCACACGUGAUAACUUGUUAUUUGCUGUUAUGUUAUAAGUGUGACAAAAGCUCUUUUUGGGUUGUGAGGAAAGUUCGUGAUGGAAUGUGACGAUAGUUGUAGGUAUAUUACACUGUUGGUUACGAAAGGUCACCACUUUUGUGACCAAAGUGUGAACUGGUACUCCCCCGCAAAAAUGUCACACAACUUUCGUCACACGACAAAAGUGCUGUCACCCAAAAGAAGAGUAUACGGUUAUUGUUGACUUUCUGUAUUAUUGUAUUAUAAAAGAAAAACAAAAAGUUACUUUCACCUUUAUCUUUUCAUUUUUAGAUUUUAUUUAAAAUGUUAGACUCCAAAACCGGCAAGCAUGUAGUUGAAUAACACUUUUUUCCUAAUUAUUUUCUUUUUCUCUUCUCUUCUACUUCUUAAUGUCUCUCGGCGAACUUAAAUUUUUAAAAAUAUCUAUCGACGAUAUACAAUUUAUUCAUCAAAAAAAACGACAACAAAAUAAUCGAUCGAUGGUCGUUGGUUGUGAAAAUUCGCUACAAUCGAGUAUAAAAAAUGCUUGUGAGUAUUUACUAAGGGGGGAAAAGCACACUUCCGUACUUCUCUGUACUUCUCGUACUUCUUUCUUGAGAGAAGUAUGACGAAGUAUGGAGAAGUACGGUGAAGUACAGCGAAGUACGGAAGUAUGCUUUUUCCCCCUUGGUAUUUACUUAGUAUUCUUAAAAUAAACAGAAUUAUCCUUUAAAUUUGGUAUAUAUCAUUAACUUCAUUAAUAAUUCAUACUCUGUUUGAAUAUUUUAGUUCAAUAUUUACAAUUAUUAAUAUUACAAAAACUUUAUUCCGAUGAAUAUUCAUUUCAUGGUUUAACAUCUCCCCAACAUACUAAUUCUGAACGAAAACAUAAUUGCUUGUAUCAAGUAUUUUUGGGUGGUUCAUGUAAUCCAACAACAUGGCGUCAUGAUCAAGCUAUACCAUACUUUCAAUCACGAUGUGUAUCUUAUUUUAAUCCACAAGUCAGUCAAUGGACAGAAGAUUUAGUAGAAAUUGAACAUCAAGCUAAAGAAUUAGCACCUUUACUUUUUUUUGUAAUUGAUCAAGAUACACGUGCUCUAUCAUCUAUUAUUGAAGUUAGUUAUUUAGCAGCAAAAGGAAGAAAUUUAAUUGUUGUCAUGAAUGAUUUGAAUCGUCAACAUGCAAAAUUUUUAAAAUCCUAUGAAGAAACUAAACAACAACAACAAAUGGAUGAUGAUUUUGAUAAUGUUUAUCAAGCACGAAAAACAUUAAAAAUAUUGUUGAAAAGUAUUAAUAUACCCAUUUUUGAUAGUGUUAGCGUUGCGUUAGAAUAUGCAGCAUUUUUACUAGAUAUAACAAAUAGAACAAGCAGUGAAAUCAAUGAAAAUAAUAACAAUGAGAAAAGAACAAUCCGUGAUUCUGUAUUUGAUAAUGAACAAUGUGAAUCACGUUCAUAUUCAUCAAAUCCAUAUGGAACAUCAAACUCUCAAAAUACCUCUCUUUCUUCACCUGUAGUUAUUAGACAGUCAUUAUCAAAUAAAACGAUCUAUCAGUCAAAUGAUGAAUUCUAUGAAUAUGUGGAAAAAAAACUUGAAAGUAAAAAUGAUUUACCUUUGCCUAAUCGUCGAAAUAGUUCUGCUGAAAUAUCACUACCACAAUCUUUAUAUUCUAAACAUCAACAAGUAAGAUUAUCAAUUACAUCUUGCCCUUUUCCUCAAUCAACAGCAAAACGUCCAUUACGAUUAUCAAAUAACGAAAGUUUAUUUAUUCGUUCAUUUUUAUUCAAUUCUUAUUUAAAAGAACAUGUUUUUCAUAAACCAAAAUUGUGUUCAACACAGAUAUCAACAUGUGACUCAGCAAUUGGUGAUGACAGUGAUUCCUUAUUGUCCAGAACAUUAUCAUCUUCAUCAUCCUUGUUUUCAUCAUCUUCUGAUUUUUAUGACGUCAUGGACGAACAGCAAAAUGAUGAACAGAUACAACAACAAUUAAGUGUUAAUUUAACUGAUAUACCGAUUGUCUCAACAAUAGUAUCUAAAUUUUCUCCUUACAUUCCUUUUAUCCGUACGAAUGAUAUUUCAACUCAAUCCUUAUCUAAAAUACUUAAAUUACCGUUUCGUUUUCUACGUAAUAUAUUUCAACCGUCAGUGAUAUCUUCUAUUGAAAAUGAAAGUGAUGAAGUUCAAGAAAAACCUAUUACAUCGAUAUCUUUUCCAUCAUUAUCAUCAUCGUAUUUUGAUAUUUAUUAUGCUGGUGAUAAUACAUGGUAUGAUAAUUGUGUAUCCCCAUUAUUAGAGAAAAAUAAUAUUACUUGUUUAAAACAAAUGUGUUCACAAUUAUUUUCCAAUGUCUAUGAUAUACAUGCACGUAAACAAUGUCGUCUAAUUUAUUAUGUUAUAACAAAUAGUGAACGUUUAUCUAAUGUAUGUACAGAAUUAGCAUUUUUAAUUGGUGAACAUAAGGCACACAUUGUUAUUUGUUUACAAUAUAUGGAUGAAGAAUUUAAUAAUCAAAAUAAUGCCGAUAUAUGUGAUAUUAAUAGAAGUAGAAAAUAUUUAGAAGAUUUAGCUAGAAAAGAAAAUAUUACUCUAUAUCAAUCUUUAGAUCUAAGUUUGCAACAUGUGAUAAUUUAUUUGAACAAAAAUAAGCAUUUUUCUUAA